GGGAAAUUAUCGGCCCAUCCUCCUCGCCCGGCGACGGCUGUCCCCGAGGCGGGAGGAGCCCGAGGGGGCGCGGGCCCCGCAUGUCUAAGCCACUGUUAGAGUCAAGCUCUCUCUUCUGAACUUCCCUCUGUGGCAAAGCUCACUUCUGCCAGAGUUGGACCUUCUUUUUGAAGGGAUUUUGUAUUGGAAGACAUGGAUCUUGCUGCCAAUGAACUCAGCAUUUAUGACAAACUUUCAGAGACUGUUGAUUUGGUGAGACAGACAGGCCAUCAGUGUGGCAUGUCAGAGAAGGCCAUUGAAAAAUUUAUCAGACAGCUGUUGGAAAAGAAUGAACCUCAGAGGGGGCCACCCCAGUAUCCUCUCCUUAUAGCUGUAUAUAAGGUCCUCGUAACCCUGGGAUUAAUCUUGCUCACUGCCUACUUUGUGAUUCAGCCUUUUAGCCCAUUAGCACCUGAACCUGUGCUUUCUGGAGCUCACACCUGGCGCUCACUCAUUCAUCACAUUCGGCUGAUGUCCUUGCCCAUUACCAAGAAGUAUAUGCCAGAAAAUAAGGGGGUUCCUCUGCGUGGGGGUGAUGAAGACAGACUCUUUCCAGACUUUGACCCCUGGUGGACAAACGACUGUGAGCAAAAUGAGUCAGAGGCCAUCCCUGCCAACUGCACUGGCUGUGCCCAGAAGUUACCCCUCAAGGUAGUUCUCCUGGAAGAUGCCCCAAAGAAAUUUGAUAGAGUCCAUCCUCUAGUGAUUAAGACGGGACAGCCCCUGUUGUCUGAGGAGAUUCAGCAUUUUUUGUGCCAGUAUCCUGAGGUGACAGAAGGCUUUACUGAAGGGUUUUUCACCAAGUGGUGGCGCUGCUUUCCUGAACGGUGGUUCCCAUUCCCCUAUCCAUGGAGAAGACCUCUGAACAGAUCACAAAUUUUACGUGAGCUUUUUCCUGUUUUUACCCACCUGCCAUUUCCAAAAGAUGCCUCCUUAAAAAAGUGCUUCCUUUUUCACCCAGAACCUGUUGUGGGGAGUAAGAUGCAUAAGGUGCAUGACCUGUUUACCAUUGGCAGUGGUGAGGCCAUGCUGCAUCUCAUCCCUCCCUUCCAGUGCCGAAGACACUGUCAGUCUGUGGCCAUGCCAGUAGAGCCAGGGGAUAUUGGCUAUGCUGGUGCAACCCACUGGAAGGUCUACAUUAUAGCCAGAGGCGUUCAGCCUUUAGUCAUCUGCGAUGGAACCACUCUCUCAGAACUAUAGGAAACAGAACUAUAUACAGGAGAAGCUUUGAGAGCUGAAAACCAGGUUGAAAGGGGGGAAAUAAAAACAAAAACGAUGAAACUGCUUUCCAGGGGUUGCUUACUUGGUUACCUGACUUUUGCAUGUGUAUGUUAGCUAGCUAUGUGCUGGAGGCAGUGGCCAGGGUCUCACCCUCCUGGUUCUUUUCGCAGAUGGCUCAGGAAGAAUUCUAUCCCAGCUACUUGGUCAGGACUUCGCCAGCACCCAUUUGUGAGAGACUGGGCUUUUCCAGGCCUUUGGACACUGUGGCCUUGAGGCUGUCCUUCAGGCAGGAAAUAGGGGUGGUGCCUUCUUUCACUUGCAUGGGCAUGGUCCCCUCUGCUGACUCCUGGCAGCAGAGAGGGUGGCCAGCAUGUCCUGAUGUCAGAGCCAUCUUUUAUCCAAUGGGUCUGCUCAUCCCCUGUCUUCCUAGCCAUGUCACCCUAUACUUUUUUGGAAAGAUAUGCUGAUUAAAGAAAUCAUUGUAGUUUCCCAAGCAGAUUGGAAUCUAGAACCAGUGAAAUAAGAUCAAAUAACCUUGAAUUUUACUCAAGAAGUAUACUUCUUUGCCAGUGUUCAUGGCUCUUGGAGUCUCAGAUAUGCCAGGCUGGAGUCUGGUUAUAAUUUGAAAUGGUAACUCCUGAGGCGAUACUUUUCUCCAUUGUAUCAGGUUCUCAUGCACCCCACCCACACCCUCGCCUUCUCCCUUGCCUGUCUGGAUGAUCUCUCAGAACCUCCUUUGGCUGGGCCGAAGCUCUUUACUGCUGAAGCAGCACUGUUCCUGUUGUCUGUAUUGCCUUUACCAAGUGUCCUCAGAGGGGAAUGAAUUUGAGUUGCUGGCCUGGGGAGAGGGUGCCUCCCUGGGUUUGAUCUUAAGGGCCUGACUUUCUCCGGAAAAGAUGUUUUACAGAUGUGUCAAAGUGGUGUUGUACUGUGGUUGGGAAAGGAACUCCAGACCCAAAGUGUUUGCCAGCUGGGCGUGCAACUGACUAUGUGAUCCUCUGUCUUAAAAUGAUUUCUCUCUUUGUACUGGGAAACAAGGUGAGGUAUUUUUAUGUUUUGUAAUAUAAAGCCAUGUUCUUCUGAUUGGGUGAUUCACUAUGCUCAUUGUUUUCCCCUAAGUGCUUUUGGUAUAUAUUAGUCAAAUGGUGUAAAUAAGGACACUCUUUUCUUGUCCAUUUUUCCCUUUAUUAUUCCUUUAUUGACACUUCUUAGACACCUGGCCAGUGGCCAUGCCAUCGCCAAGUUGAAGAGAAAACUAACCACACUGUGGCUUCUGGUUCUGAAUUGCAGAAAUCAAAUGGAUACAGUAGGUGUCUGUGUCAAAGUUAUGGACCAGAGGCAGACAAUGGUGAGGGAAGAUGGCUGUGACUCUUACUGGGGUCCUCCUCAUCCCUGGAGGAGCCCUGCACCCCAUCUCCUAGGCCCUGUUUCUCUAUGCAUCUCAUGAACAGCAGCGGGGAUCAUCAAGUGCUUGAAUGGCUUGUUUGUGGGCUUCUAAAGGACAAGCGGAGUUCACAGAACUCAGGGUGGAAAUUCUCGGAGCCUCCACCAUGGACUUCAAUGAAAAACUAGGAUGAAUGGUCCUUGAGGGAAUUUUUCCUUAAAAGAAUCAACCCCUUGUGUGGAUUAAUACAAGAAAAACAAAGCUUUUUGUACAUAUAAAAGUCAUGCUGCUAAGGAAUUAUGGUUUAAGAGAUUUUAAAUCAGAGGGAUCAUCUAAGGGCCAGCUUUGUGCAAACUUUUAGAACCUUCUGCAGUGUCCUUACCCUGCCGCAUAUGGGGAAGGAUUGUAUUUAAACAAGUUCUUUAGAGGCCUCAGAGUUUUCUUAAAUUAGAUCCUUUGAGUUAACAGAAGAGAGGGUUCCUUGGUUACAAAAAAACUGUUUUGAUGAUUGAGAUCUUUGUUUUAUUUCUGUGUGUUAUCUUGUGUUCCUUCCCCAUGUCACUUCUGCCCUUCACACCUUAAAUGUCCUAAAAUACCCACUUCAGCUCAAACCUUUGAAAACUAAGAAGCCCUUGCUUAUGUUGGUGUUCUGAGAUAUCCCCUGGGAAGUCUUCUAAGCCCCUGAGUUGUUCUGUAGUUCUACAAAGAAUGGUUUAGCAGAGGCUAAGUAGAGACUUGUGCACAUACUCCUUACUUUACUUAACAUCUAUUCAAUUCAGACUUGAAUUUAGACUUGUGUUAAGGGAGAAGUUUUUCAAAGAGGGUUUUCAGCUCUUAAUUACUGGAUGCAUAGUAGUAAUUCACCUUCUUCUCAAGGUAAUCCUGGUCAACAGAAUCUACUACUGACCAGUCCUAUAGGAAUGACUGGGAAUUGCCAGCCAGUCCCUUUCUAGUUAUCUGAGGCUUUGUAUAGGGUACCACAAGAUUUCCCCUACCCAUCUAGCUCUCAACCUCUAGAUGAAAGUAGCAGAAGUCCAUCUGCAUGACCCGGUGUGGGGAAGAGGGUCAUCAAGACAAGGAGACAGGGUUGGGGGGGCAUGGUAGGACCACCUAACCAGCUUCCCAACCCUACCACCACAAUAAGAACAAAACCACACGGCUCUAUAAAGAAGGACUUGUUCACAAGUUUAUUGAGUAUUUACUAAGAGGUGACGUGGCAAUGACUUCCAUAUGUGGGUUAGGUUCACUUUCUUGUAGAUUCAUGCCAUAGAGAUGCAUUAUCCCCAGAAGUCAGCUCCCAGGAGAGACAGGCUUCUUUGGUGCCAGUUUGAAGCAGUUAUGUCCAAAUGUCCUGAGCUCUCCAGCAGUCAGGUAUCGAGUAGAUAUCAUACAUUUUCUGGGUUAUGAACAGAGAUAGAGCUUAUCAUCACCCAACUCACGAUUGUUUUAGAGAAUGGAGGGAGUAAAAUAAUAGUGGUUCAUAAAAACAAGUAUCCUCUUAUUUGGUAAAAUACAAAACAGUCUACAAAAUGGCAGAUUUGGGCCCAUUUUCUGAGAGAAAGGAAUAAUAACAUCUGUCCAGUCCAUUCCAACUUACAAAGUGCUUCAAUAUACAUGAUCUCCUUUAAUCUUCACCCAAUCCUGUAAAGUAGGAGUUAGAUUCCUCAUUUUACAAGUAAAGAAACUAAGGCUUAGAACAGGGAACUGCUGGUAGGUAGGUAGAUAGGUAGUUGGUUCCAUAGCACAUUAUUUUUCUGCUACAUAACAGUAUGGUGCCCAAGAGGAGUGCUGUGCAUUUCAUCUGCUCAGGAAUGCCCCCACCGGGAUGGGAGAACCUAGGGACAAGGCUCAGCAAGCCAGGAACUCUGCAGGGUUUGUUUUCAAAACUUUUGGACAAAAAUGGAGGCAGAAACACUCUAACCAUAUGACUUUUAUAAAAAUCCUUUCACUUUUCCCCUCUCCAUUUGAAAACUCUUUGUAAGGGUGAGUGUAGCUGGAAGACAGCUGUGUCUAGCCAUUUUCCUAUCACCACGUUUCCAGAUGUGUGACUAGAGGAGGGACUCUGCCCAAUUCCAGUUGUGGGUCCCCUUGGAGUUUACAUCACUUGUUUUUCAGUUCUCCGUUUUUUGUUCCCUUCCAAAGUUCAGCAUAGGUCUCAGUAUGGGAACAGUAUUUUUAAAAUAAAAUCUCAACUUUCUUAGCUGCAGGUGAUGGCCUCAAUCAUUUUAAUUUGUUCUGAAAUGAGUUUGCUCAUUACCCAGUCGCUUCUCAUUUUCUCCUUGUCCAGCAGGAGAAGGCCAGGGUAUGGGGAAGGAGGGAAAGCUGCAUGUCUGGUUGCAUGGAGAGACGAUUUUGUCUACCGUUUGAGAAUUAUUAAGCAGAGGGGUCUUUUAGGCUUUUGAGCUCUCCUAGCAAUGGAGGAAAAGCUCUCCUGAGUACAUAGGUUCCACAUUCAUUACCUUUCAUUGGUGACCCGUCACCCACUAAAAUUUGUUGAAGGAAGGGAGUGUCAGAUAUGCUGUAAGCAGUAUUUUAGGUUGAAAUUCUCUCCAUGUUCAGAUCUGUGGAUGUGUGCAGAGCUGAUGCAUGUCAGGGCCUGGAGCUAGGAAAGUGAAGUUAUGGAGACAGCCCUAUAACAAAUGAAAAAUAGGAAGCUCAGAAUGUGCCAUGUCAGCAUCAGCAUGUGUGUCCCUGGGCUCCUCACCCCCAGCCUCCAGACACCCAACAGCUGCUUCCACAAAAGCAUGUCAGGGAGACAGGCAGGUGCUCUCCCUCUUGUGCUUUGCUUCCAGGGCUGCCCGCCCUGGGCGCAGUGUGACUUCAAGUGCUGGCCUUGCUCAGAAGCCCUCCAGCCAGCUUGUCUGUGGUCCAGGUCCCUCAGUGUCUAGUUUCCCUGCCCUGCAUAAUUUAAGCAUUAGAGUUAAAUACAUCUGUCAUUGUCCUCUCUCUGGAGACUGCGUGAUGUCCAGAUGUUUCCAGGCUAGUGGAGAGAAGGAAUGUUACACAACUGUAAGUGGAGGCCUGCAACUGUGGAGACAUGGUAGGGCUGGACCAGAGACCGUUCCACCUCCUAGCGUGUCUGUCAGUCAGACCACAGCCAUCAAUCCAAGAAUGAGCCACGGCUGCAAGCACCUGUGCAGAAAAGGAAACCCAGCUGAAUUUUGAGUUUCAAACAGAAAAUGGGAGUUGGGACGCCUGCUCUGUGCCAGGCUUCAUUUACCUCAUUACAGCAGCUGGGUGGGGCAGGGGAAUCAUCCUGUGCAGCCACCUGUACUCACAGCUUGGCAGCGUCCCGUCCUUCCAACUGCAGCCCCUCAGAGCACUUUAGACCCUUUCACUAACCAAACUCUCACUUACCCAGGAGAAUUGAUGACAGGAACCGACAGACACAUGGCGUUCCCAGAAAAUCAACUUUCCCUCCACAUUUUUUUCCAGUUUCACCCUCAGAAAAAUGCUGGCUGUGGUCUUUUCCUCCUGCCUUUCUCCCUCCCUCCUAUGGAAAGGUCAGUAAGAGAUGCCCAGGAUGGAGGAGGAGAAGACUGGAGAGGCACAGGCAAGCCAGAGAUUCAGUGUGCACCCUCUCCCCUGCCAUCAUCAGGGAUAGGAGCCAGGGACAGCCUCAGUCCAUCUUCAGGGAAUGAGGGUGUGCUGGUCCCAGUGAGCAGAGGGAGGCAGACACUUGUCCUAGCUGCAGGUGCUCCAAAUGGUCUGAGCCAUUAACGUGUUCAAGUGCAGAAUGUUGACAGUGACUUAAUAUACUGCAAAUUGUAAAGACUCCCACCAUGUA